UUUUUCGGGCAGGCGGGCGCGCGCGCGCGUUUUUUUUCCAUCGGGCGGCGGGGACGCGAAACCGGAUGGGCCAGUUAUGGCGGACGCGCUGUCAAUCGUGUGACAUUUCACUCCUGCGUGCUUACUCCGCGAACGCGGACGCCGGGUACGAAUUACGAGUCGACGGCGGACGUAUGUCCGCGUGUAUUCGCACGUGUCUCCGCGAGCGAGGCGGCUUUAACGAGACGCGACGGAAACGGCUCGCGCGAUUGUUACUCGCAAGGAUAUCGAGACACUGAGGCAACAUGGGCAACGCCGCCUUGAAAAGGCACUACGAGACCGCGGAGAAGACCGCCACCCUGAAGUUGUCGCAAUGCAAGCUGGACAAGUUCUCGCGGAAACUCCACGACUUGGCGCCGACGCUCCGCACCCUGGACCUGUCCGAGAACAGUUUCACGACACUGCCGAACGAGAUCGGCGACUUCACGCUGCUGAAGCAGUUGAAUUUCAGCCAUAACCGACUGACCGCUCUACCCGGCACGCUGGGCGCGCUUGAGAAACUCGAGGGCCUAAACUGCGCCGCAAAUCAGAUCAGAUCGAUCCCGUCGUCGCUAGGGAAUCUGAAUCACUUGAAGCAGGUCAAUUUGUCUGACAAUCAGAUCUCCAAUUUCCCGCUGAUGUUCUGCGGUCUCAGGCACCUGGAUGUCCUGGAUCUAUCCAAGAAUCGGCUUACGAUAGUGCCGGACGCUGCCGCUGGCCUCCACGUGAUCGAGCUUAAUCUUAAUCAGAAUCAAAUCGCCACCAUCUCCGAGAAGCUGGCGGAUUGUCCGCGAUUGAAAACGUUGAGAUUGGAGGAGAACUGCCUACAGCUGAGCUCGGUGCCCAUCAGACUCCUCAAGGACUCUAAGGUCUCGGUGUUGGCGCUCGAAGGAAAUCUCUUUGAGAUGAAGCAGUUCGCAGAACUGGACGGUUACGACAGAUACAUGGAACGCUACACAGCGGUCAAGAAGAAGAUGUUCUAAAGGAUAGUUUUAUAUGGAAAAGAAUAUAUUGUUUGUAUUAUACGUAUGAAAUUGUUCGGUAGGUAUUGAAGUUACCAAACUGUCGAAUGGAUAGCAUCGAAGAGAAAAAGAUUUAAUUGUAUGGCACUUUUGUGUCAUCGAUUUAAGAAUAAACAGCCGAUGUAGAGAUAUUUAAAGUGAUUGAAAGUAUUUUAGAUCAGAUUUACAAGUCACAAUUUGGAAAUGUUUUCUUUCUGAUACGUGUAAAUUAAACUUUUUUUGUGAGAUAAAUCAUAAUAUCUGUCUCUAGACUGUUUAUAAUGUUUAUAUCUACGGGAUCUAUAAAUAAGCGUAAUUCAGAAAUACGUAUCGAUCUCUUUGUCGAUAAACGUUAAUGACCAAAUUAAAUAACUGAUUUUCGAUAACUGGUAUUCAAAGGGACAGUCAUUGUAAAUAGUUAUCUCUUUGUUAUUUUUUUGAAAUGUUAUUUCUUUAUUUGGCGUAAGUCUGAAUAUCUAUACGCACGAAUAUAUGUAUGAAUAUAUACGCUUUCAAAUAAUGCUCUUACACAG